GAAGCGGCGGGGCCCGGCCCGGAAGAGGAGGGCUUUCUGCGGCGGUUCGGCGGAGGCCGGCGGAGCAGGUUUUCAGAAUGACUUCCUUGGUUGACAUGCCCCUGAAUUAUGAAAAGAUGUUUGCUCAUCGAUUCACAUCAGAUGAUAAAGAAUACCAAGAAUAUCUGAAACGCCCUGCAGAUCCCCCUCCUAUAGUUGAAGAAUGGAGAAAUAGAUCUGGUGGCAACCAGAGAAACAGAGAUCGGUUUCAAGAUGGUAGAUAUUUUAGAGGGGACAGAUACAACUGGCAAGGUGACUAUAGAUCUAAUCAGAGGCCAGAAAGAAGUUGGGGUAAUAACUACCAGCAGCACAGACAAGGACAAUCGUACUCUUCUCACUAUGGACAAUACGGCUACAACUCCUACAACCCAGGGCCUCGUUACCAUCCCUACUGAUGAUACUUGUGGUUUGAAAGUUCAGUAAUGUGUGUAACAAAUUGAGUUAGACUUCAGUUUUCUUAUUUUGCCACAGUUGUAAAGAUAACUGAAGAGUCAGUAUUACAUUCCAUUGCUGUUUAUUUGUAGUGUGAAUUGAAAAAGGGAAUACCUUUUAUGAAUAAUAAAAGUGUAUUAUACAGAGUUUGUUUAGAGUCUGUAGAUCUUAGAUUAAAUUUCUAUUUCAUAUUCUUUUGUCUGAAUACAUACUAGUACACUUCUUCCAUCACUGCAGUUUCUCUCUUACAUUUUAGAAAGCACAACAGGUGGGGAAAAUAGCUGUGGUUUGUGUGCAGCUUGUAGCAGUGGCAUGUUGCCUUAAGAUAGUUCUUUUUGAAAGCAACAUACUGUCUUUCUCUGGAGAGAAUUUCUUAGUUUGGCUUUUGGUAGAAAAGCUCAGUUUGGUUUGAAUUUCAGAUGCCUGAAACUAAGAGGUGAGAUGCUAUUACAGAAAUAUUUUAUUGGUCGAUACAGUGUCUGUUGACUCAACGGCUUCAAUUUAUUUGCAGUAUUCCUCUUAAAACAUGGUCUAAAAAUUGCAAUAAAAAUUAAGUAGUUUAAAUAUGUAUCUUCUUACUGUAGUAGCUCAGUGAUACAUAAGUUUUACCAGAGAAGUGAUAUCAGACUUAGAUUAAUUUGUAUCAUCUUAAAAUACAUUUGGUAUGUGCAUAACAAAUUUUGGAAUUCCUAGCUUUUCAGUAAAGCUGUAAAAUUUUGAUGAUAAUUGUAAUUAGUUUGUAUGAAAUACGUUGUACAUGUUAUAGAAGAAAGGAACCGUAAUCAGUACUGUUCUGUACUUUUUUUGCACGAGAAAAUAGCAUAAGCAGUGCAGAGUCUUAUUCAGUUCUUAGAAUUUAAGUUCUGUGAGUUUUUUAAAACAUUCACACAAUAAAAGUAUAGUUCACGUGUAAGGAUGUUUCUGAGUAUUUCUGAAACUUACUUUUGAAACAUUCAGAAUUGCAAUGCUGUCGUCUAGGCUGACAGCUGCGCAAGAAGCAGUACUGACAGAUAAGCGCUAAUACGGGGCAGCUGUUGGUUUAAGUUAGAAGAAUGGCCUACAUCAAGAGGAUGAGACACAUUGUGAUUAAUUAGCAGUCUGGAAUGUUAAUCCACUAUCUUGUGUUCUACUAUAAUAGGGUCAAAGUUCUCUAUUUCACCAUUUACGUGAUAAGCCAAUUUGUAUCAGGAGAGCAGUGCAUUUCUUUUUACUUGACAUUUUCUUCAGCUGUUGUACAGAAACAUGGAACCAUCCAUGCUGUUGUAAAAGUCAUGACAUUAUGAGAUAAGGAGUGCAAAUUAGUGCAUCUUGAUUUAAAAUCAAAGAAUAAAUAUAGAAGUCAAAAGCACAGUCUCCCAACUCAUAAGAUGCUUUUAAGAGCUAAAGAUUAUGUUUACUGUUGAUCUUGGAAACACACACUGUAUGUAGGUUUUACGUAGUCUGUGAUACAAAAGCUGUGACGUAGGUGUCUCCAUCUACCUGCUAAGUAUUUGUUUUCUGCUUUUCAUAUAAUACUGUUAGCUCUGAUACAGUUUUAAUAUCAUAGUCCCCACAGUAUUUGCCCUGAAUUCACUUGUUUAACCUUAGAAAUCUUUUAUUGAUAGGUUUGGGUUUCCUUAAGGAGUUCUACUGAUGAAAUGCAGCCUUUCUAACCCUCAUUAAUAUUGAGGAGCCAUUACACUGGGGGAUAUAAGAAGUAGGAAGUUCUUGUCUGUGCACUACAGAGAACCUGCAAGUUGGUACGGUAGAAAUCCCUUUCAAUGCAGAAUCACGUGCAAAGUGCCAGAUAACCCGAACUCCCCCCUCCAAGAAGGGAGCGCAUCUCUUUCUGCAAAGAGCCCGAAGCUGCCAGCUAUGCCACGGAAGUCAGGCUGUGCCAGGGUGAUGUUCUUCCGUACCAUCUGGAGUAGCAUCUCAGGUUGAAAUAAAGCCUGGCAAAAGGAA